AUGGAGCGAGUAAAGAGAAUCUUCUUUGACCUAGCCUCAUCGAAGGCUCAAAUUCGAGAUGAACUAGAAAAGCUACCAGUCGGUUCCGCACAUCCAUUCGGCCCCGAGCACCUUCUCCUUUGCCGCACAGAUGAUGGGAUUGAUGAAAUCGAUAUCGCAUCCUACCUUGACAGCUACUUUUUUAAUCCUGUUGAUCUGGGUGUAAUGGGCGAAGUUCUUUUGAAGCGAAUGGCCGGCUUCAAGUCGGAGUUGGGUAUGUCUCCCCUUCCAAUCUUUCUGGUUUGA